GGUGUGUGUGUGUGUGUGUGUGUGUCACUGGGAGCUCAUUAUAAGAAGGUUUAUGUGUCGGAGCAUAUUGUCACUUCUGAGUCUGUGGUAGUGGACUGACUUUCUUAAUUAAGGUUUGCAUCAUUCACAUCUACAUCGACGAUGGCGUGGACAGUGGGUCUGAGUAACCUUGUGUUAGCGGUCUACGGAUUCACACUGAUCACAGGCCUUCCCUCCAACAUCUUGGCUUUCUACACCUUCUUUAAGAAGGUCCGCCAGCGCUCCACCCCGAUGGACGUGCUGUUACUCAGUUUAACCAUCUCUGACCUGAUCUUCCUCCUUUUCCUGCCGUUUCGCAUGGUGGAGGCAGCAAGCAUGCAAUGGACUCUUCCUUACUUCCUCUGCCCGCUGUCGGGAUUCAUCUUCUACUCCACCAUCUACAACAGCACCUUCCACCUGACGGCCAUCAGCGUGGAGCGCUACCUGGGAGUGGCUUUCCCCAUUAAAUACAAGCUCAAACGCAACCCUCGAAACGCCGUGAUAGCCAGCGUCAUAUUCUGGGUGAUCUCCAUGGCACACUGCAGUAUCGUCUACAUCAUGCAAUACCACGAUCAUUCCAACCCCAACUUUACCGAUCCCUCCACACGUAACACCUGCUAUGAGGAAUUCUCUGAGGAACAGCUCAAGAUCCUCCUUCCGGUUCGCCUGGAGCUUUUCGCGGUGCUUUUCGUAACGCCGUUCCUCAUCUGCUUCUUCUGCUACAUCAAGUUCAUCCACAUCCUCUCCAAUCUGCCCAGCAUCAAUGCCAAGAAGCGGUAUAGAGCCAUCGGGAUGGCGUUGGGCACGCUACUCGUCUUCAUUAUCUGCUUCAUGCCCUAUAACAUCUCACACGUGGUUGGAUAUGUAGGCAAAUACAGCCCUGACUGGCGUGUGUACGCGCUGCUCACCAGCACGUUCAAUGCAUGCCUCGAUCCUUUCAUAUUCUACUUCUCUUCUUCAGCACUUAGAGGAACAUUUAAGAACGUCUUCCAGGAGCUGUCGAGGAGGCUGGUCAUGCCUUGCUGCCGCUCGCCGUACUAUUGUCCUCUGUUGAACUGUUCGAGUACAGAGGAGAAAACUCAGAGCACGACCGACAGCUCUCUGUAACUUCACAAGCCGGGACUUGUGAAACGUGACUCGAUCUGAGAAGUAUCAGAAGAGCACCACAUGGGCCAGUAUUUUUCUGUGUUUUCUUCUGACUGAGUCCAAAGCAAAUGAACAUAAUUCUGAUGCGCAGCUUAAUGGACCUGUAUAAUGGGCCACUAUUACUAGGAAGGUUCCAGUAUUUUUUAUUUCCAUUCAUUUGUCUUUGUUGAAGCACUAUAAGCUGUCAAUCAAACCAACCAGCUAUGAGGGCGAUUACAAACAGCAUUACGAACUUUAAUUUGAAACUUACAAAUCGGACAAAAAGGUACAAGAUUUAACGACUUUAUAGAGGGAGAACUACCAUGAAGCAUUGCGAAUUACAUAGUGAAAUUCAAAAUGAUGGAGAUGUAUAAAACUAUUAAUUUAAUGUUAUAUAUACAUAUACAGGGUUGCCAUGAUGAGAUUUGUUCACUGUGACUCGCUGAUUGGUGGAAUUUUUCCUGUACAGCAUUAUGGGUACUAUUGUUUUUUUUGCCACAAAUUCAUCUGUUACAUUAUUUUAAAAAUGCAUAUACUGUACCAUCGAUUAACCAACCUUUGUAUCUCACAGUAGUUCUGUCUUUAAAGGUUUAUAAGGUGUCAUUCAAAAUAAGUUUUUCUAUGCAGAACAAAAAAAACUAAUUAUUUUACUUGAACCCAACUAUUGCCUGCUAUUAAUUUUGCAUCUAUUGGGGUUCAACUUGCCGUCAACUUAGACUUUCUGGUAAAGCUAGUUGACUUUGGUUGUCUUCCUGGUGAAGCAGCCUAAGGCGGGCACGUUUUUCAAUGCACUGUCUGAUAUUGAUUGUAAUGGAAAAUGCUCAAGCAGGUUUAUUGGGUGUUUUCUGGCAGGAUCAGUAACAUUAUGCACCUUCAGGAAGCUUCUUUGGACUGGGCAUUCAAUGUGUGCAGCUCUAGCAGCACCAAAUAAAAUAAUGACUUCCUCAAAUUCAUACUAUUGGUUGAUCCAAUAUUAUAUCCUCAAACAAGCAGAUUGUAAACCAACUGAAUGUUUUUACAUUUCUCUUAAUAGUCAUCUUUUUGUAAAUCAGUUCUGCUGCUGCAUUAACUUCACAGCAUAAAUAAAAUUAUUAUAUGAACUUUUAAGUACUUUUAUUUUGCUUUUUUCCUGUAACGUUUUAUUGAUUGCUAAUUUUCACUUUAUGUUUGUACCGUGAAUAAAUUAAAUGUUACCCUU